AUGGACGAUACCAAUCAGCCUCGCACACCAACAAUAGGCCCGUUCACAACAGCACAACUCUACGACUCGAUCCCAAUUCCACCCAGCUCUCAAUGCAUCCGUGUACUUGAUAUUCCGAAGCGGCCUCUAGCUGCAGAUGAAUGUCUGACUGGGACCCUUCGAAUUGUCAACCUGCGAAACAGCCCGAAAUUCACAGCUCUGUCAUACGUCUGGGGUAAAUCUUCUGACAAGACCAUAUCUUGCAACGGUUGCGACAUCAACAUCACUAAGUCCUGCUAUGAAGCCUUGUUUUCGCUACGUGAAAAGUAUGGUGAUCUGACUCUCUGGGUUGACGCCGUGUGCAUUAACCAGGAUGACGCCAACGAGCUCGCGCAGCAGAUUCCUCUAAUGGGAGAGAUCUAUACUUGGGCCGAGGCAGUAUACAUUUGGCUAGGCGACGGCAGCCAGGCGACCGAUAAGGCCAUGGAAUAUAUCCGGGCCGCUUCACAGCAUCGUCUUUUCCCAGCUGGCAUCCCGUGGUGGGAUGGUACCGGCCCCAUCACAGUAGAUAAAGACCGGAAUCAGCUUUGGUGGGGGAUGUUCUCACUCUACUCUCGGAGCGCCCGAGACCGAGAAAAAAGAAAGCACGAUGCCGUUGUCCUGCAUGCUUGCGACCGUGCCUCGUUGCUUGAACUACUGGACCAAACAUGGCUGCAUCGAUCCUGGACAUUUCAAGAGGUCAUCUUGGCUCCAAAUCCGAUCCUGGUUUGUGGACAGGAACACGUCACCUUACUGCAAUUACACCAGGCCCUCACCUUUAUCCAAGAUUCCACCUCCCAGUUCUGUAAUGAAGAUGGCAUUUCGAUUGUCGCGCGGGGCGAACGACGCCGAGAGCAUAGACUCAUAGCCUCCUCCGAGGCAUUCAAGAGCUGGCAGCAUCUGUUUGAGGUUUGGCAGAGUAUCUCCCGUCCCUGCCGCCGGAAUGGCCACGAGAUCCGCGUGCUGCCAUGUCAGACUGGACGUUCAAGAGGCAGUUGUUCUGUUCGCGAGCAUGUGCAACUACUUGAGCCAGAGAAGGUCUACCAAUCUUUGAGAAACUGGUUAUACCUGGCAGUAUUGUUCUAUGUCUUACUCCUUACUGCACUUCCUCUACUCGCCUGCGUUGUUAUUGACGGGUUUAGUUUUGAAAUGCCUCCUCAGCCGAAAGUUCCCAGUGCAUAUGGCCUACCGAAAAGAAGGGGAUGGAUCGGUGUACUCUGGCACUUAUCUAUCGCUUUUAUCGUCACUUCAACUUGGAUCUUCAUGGCAUACAUUUUCGCCCGUCUUGGUAUGGUUUCGAACGAUCUUCAUUUAGACAAUGGCAGGAGACAAAAUCCUGUAUACGGUUGGAUACGUCAAACCGAGGACUUGACACAACAAAUCCAUCUUGUUGGACUUUUGCAAGCCAUGCGAGACCGCAAAUCAACCAAGCCUCAAGAUCGUGUAUUCGCUGUCGAGGGUGUCUUCCAACGGCUGGGGAUUCGUCAACCGACUCCUGACUACAACAAACCGACCGGAGAGAUCUACCGCGAUGCUUUUGUCAGUCUAAUAGAGCGGAAACCUACAUUCGUCAACCUACUCAUUGACUGUGGGUUAAGUCCUCCUAGUGCACCUAGCUGGGUCCCGGAUUGGAGUACAGUUGCGAAUCGAAGCUGGCUGCCGUCUUCAUACUUGUACAGUUCUAUUGAGAAGGCGCGGUGGUCUGAUGAUCACCUCGAGGUAUCUGCUUCUGGAAAUACCCUUUCAGUUAAGGGUGCAUUUCUGCGAACAGCAGAGUUCUGCACACGGCCCUUUGACAAGAUUGAGCUUGAUGACGCGGAUAAUCCAGCACCACCGAUGCAAGAGAGCCUUCAUAACAACAUCCAAGUCUUGAGCCGAUGGAUCAUCAAGGUCACCAGAGAUGUCAUCCUCAACGAAGUUCAUGAAUCCAUACCCUGUGCUGUGUUCAACACAUUCAAUGGAAGUUCUACCUCCAUAUCAGAGAUCGAUCCGAGACAAAAAGAUGUUUUUAACACGUUCUACAACAUCAUUAGACGCCAUGGUGUUUGCUUUGAGAAGGAGGUGGAAACCAUGUGCGGGGUCACACCAGCUACUCACACUGCUAUGCAAGAAAUUGCUGGGGAUAAGACUUGCUUGGACUACUUUAUCAAGAUAUGUAAUCGGUUUGCUGGAAAGAGAGGGUUGUUCGUAUCUAGCGACGGUGCGAUCGGCUCGGGUCCUGUUGAUAUGGCUGAGGGUGACACCAUCUCCAUCAUCAAUGGCGUUACAGUGCCAAUGAUUCUUCGUGAACAAGAAACCGAUAGGCAGGGAUAUGUUAUUUUAGGGCCAGCUUACAUUGAUGGUUUGAUGGAUCUUACGGAGGUUAAAGUGACAUCCAUGAGCUUGGAUUGGAAGACUGUUAUGCUUCACUGA